AAUUACAUGUGAACUGUGCAAAAAGAGGCAGAUGCGAUGACGUCGGCCUUUGAAAUAAGUUAAAAUUUUGUUGUCGACCAAAAAAGAGAUAAGCUAUAAUUCGAUGCGAAGGGGAUCUUCCUUCGAAGUCUCCCUCUGUUUUGUGGGCCCCGCCUAGGUCCGCGGGCACCAGGCAGGACCCCACCCUGGAGGUGCCGAAAAACAACAUUAGGAUUUCCAGAGGUUUUCACGCAUUUCCAAGUACAAAGCUUCUUGGUCCUUCACGAAAUGAAAUUUGCUUCUGUGCGUCCCCACGUAUUUAGGGAUCACUGGAAAAAUCUUGUCAUAGGCAUAAUCUUUUUCUUUUCUCAUUUUCUUCUUGUAUUUUUAUUUUAUUUUAUGGGAACUCCCGCACGAGCUUAUCUUUUAACCGCCGUUUCUUCUGAGCGCUCCCAUCCCGAAGAUAAAUGACGAUUAUCCAAUCCCUUACCAUGGAGAAAGGAAAAAGAAAUGAGCAAAUUCGGAAUUUGCUUCCUUGUUUUUUUCCCACCCAAGCCAAGUGUGCCCAGGCCACAUGAACACAAGACCUCCUCCUUGACACGACCAAUCUGUUCCUCAUGCCAAGUAUCUUCUGCUGUGUCACUGCACAGACACGUUACAGUUGGUCCUAAUCUGCUCUUCGCCCUCGGACUUUCUGUCUUACUUGGCGAGUAUAUAAAUAGCGCACGCCCUUUUGGAUCGUGAGCUUUACUGCUAAGUCCUCUCAGUAUCUGUCCUACUGUCUGUUCCUUUUUCUUGGGUGUUGGUUCUGGUGUUUUUUUUUCCUUUCCUUUUUUCUUGUUUUCUCUUGUUUUCUCUUGUCCUUAUUUUUUUCUCUUGAGGCUUUUGGGGUCAGGGAGAGGGAGUGGGAGUGAAUGUUGAAGCCUGGGAUGGGAGAGAGAAAGCAGGGCAGGAAGCCCGCUCAGGCGAGCUCCAGAAAGGGGUGCAUGAGAGGCAAAGGCGGUCCUGAGAAUGCUUCUUGCACCUACAAGGGGGUGCGGCAGAGGACGUGGGGCAAGUGGGUCGCUGAGAUCCGUGAGCCCAAUCGCGGGGCCCGCCUCUGGCUCGGGACCUUCGACACGUCCCACGACGCCGCAGUAGCCUACGACGCAGCUGCCCGGAAGCUGUACGGGUUGGAGGCAAAGCUGAACCUGCCCGAGUUGUAUGCCGGUGCUACCUCUACCUCCAAUCUGCAGCCUUCUGUCCCGGUUCCGACUAUUACUGUUCAUCCUGUGGGAAACCAAGCUCAAAUCUUUCAUAACUUGGUCCCUAAUACCCCUAGCGCACCCCCUGUUCCCGUGACUGCUCAGGUGACGCCCAAACUCGAGAACACCCAACCCAUGCCCAUCUCCAACGACGGCUUUCCAGCUCACAGUAACGAUCCGGUCAAUCCGGUCCAGGACAACCUCAAAUUUGAACAUAACAUUGAGGAAAAUGACGUGUGGGGGAACCUGAACGUGAACUUGCCGUUCUUGGACGAGUCAAUAUGGCAAGAGGCUGCAAUGUCAGUGGACUUCCCCGUUUUGGAGGAUCCUGUCAACUUUGCCGGGAAUUUCAUGGAUGGCAACACCUGGGAGUCUUCUUUACCGUCUCCUUGGUGCGUGUGACAAAAAAAAUAAAAG